GUAGAUGAGACAUGCAAGCUGAACGACCCAGUCCCGAGAAGGAUGCACAUUCCACCGCCCGUUGGACGCCGAUGCAUUCGUGAUGCUGAGAAUGCGGAGGUGCUCAACCUGUGCGGAGGCGCUAAAUUCCCGGGACUUAAAUCGCUCUGCUUGCACACACCUCCCGAACACAACAGAAAUGCACAAAAUACACCAGCAAAUAAACCACUUGUGCUCACAAUCAACAAUUGUAUAUAAGAAUGUGACGUUGCCUGGCAAUCGAAUCCGUUUAAUCACAGAUUCCCCCAUCCAGCACCGAAUGUUGCAGCGUCAGUGUUACGUUCCCAUAGGAAAGUGGUGGGUGAUACUAAUUAACUCGAUUGCUAGCUUAAGAAGCUCACAGCGCAAGUGUUGAAAAUUCCGUUUAUUAUUGUUACGCGUACCUCGAACAAUUGUGUCACGAAUUCAUAUUGUUAUUUGUUUAAGUCGCAGGCACCCAACAACAUCGACCUACUUAUCAUGUAUCCAGCGGUAAGGAUUUAGAAACUGUAACUGUGUAUUCGAAACAACUUAUAAAGCAAGUAAACAACCAUCAACAACAGACAUUGUAUGAAAUAAAUUGUAAUUUCUAAUUUCCAAACAAAGUGUAUUUCUUAUGGGUGGGUUUAUUAAAGGCCAUGUUAACAAUAAUAUAGCCUUUUAAGCAAUCUUUUAAAAAUGUUCCAAGGAAACGCUUCUGAUCCUCUAGUGUUUUUUUUAUUUAUUUAUUAUUUUAUUUUACGAUCGCUGGUAGAGUGGAGUAAUGUUUGCCUACGAGUAAAGGGUAUUAAUUACAAAUGAAGUUGUAGUAAACUAAUUGUUUCAUGUGCCGAUAGUGAUUUAUGGUUUUUGAUUAGAAACAUAUUAUAAAUCGAUUUAAUAAGUAUUAAAAGGAAGGUUCAUCAAUCGUGGUCAGUAUCAAAAUGAAACUCGUGUUACUGGUUUUGUUGUGCAGCGGUUUUAUUGGGAAAUUGGUAAGUUUUGAAAAGGUUUGUAGAAUACUAAUUACCAUCUUUUUUCGCAAGACGAAGACCCAGUUGGUUUACAAGCUUAAGAAAAUCGAGUGUCUGGUUAAUCGGACGCGAGUGAGCAACGUGUCUUGCCAUGUGAAGCCGGUGAAUUGGAAUCUGGCAGUGGUGAAUAUGGAUUGCUUUAUGAUUGUGCCUUUGCUAAACCCCAUUAUUCGAAUUCAAGUUUUUACGAAAGACUAUAGCAACCAGUACAAACCAUUCUUGGUUGACGUUAAAAUCAGAAUAUGCGAGGUGAUCGAGAGAAGGAACUUCAUACCGUAUGGCGUUAUUAUAUGGAAGUUAUUUAAGCGUUACACGAAUGUUAACCACUCUUGCCCUUUUUCGGUAUUAUGGCUGACGUGUGUCAUCUUCAUCGGUUUGUCCUUAACCAUUUUAUAACUGCAGGGCAAGCUGAUAGCUCGUGACGGUUUUCUGGAUACUAGUCUUCUGCCGCCUUUUCCUCAAGGACUAUACCAAUUCAGCUUGAUAGUUACGGACACAAAUUCGACGACUAAUGAUUACGUAGGCACAAUGAAGUUCUUCAUCCAAGCCAUGGAACAGAUAAAAACCAAGAAGCCUCCUAGUGCCUAAUGUUAUCCAAACUUGGGGCCACAAAAAGAGAUUUAUUUACUUUUUUUUACAUAUGUACAUAUGUGUAAUAGGCAUAAUAAUGCCUCCGGCUUUUUCAGGAAAAACUUGUAAUCAUAUAUUAAACCAAAACUUGCUAAUAUAGACAAGGAAACAAUGAGCAUACCAGUUCAAAGUUUUUUACCUGAUAUAUAGUCCCUCAAAACUGUUAUUGCAUUUACCUUUAGUAAGGAGCAUGUUAUUUUCGUUCAGAAGUUUGUGACCCUAAGCUAAUCAAUGGAAAAUAAAUCCUAGCCUCGACGUUUUCGAUCAUAAAAGGUUAUAAGUCCAAAUACCCCAGUUUGUGGACGAUAUAUAAUGGUUUGCAACUGAUCCAAAGGCCGGAAAAUUAAUUCAAAAUAUUAGAAAGAAAUCAAAGUUUUGUUAAUUUUAAUUAUAAACAUUCGCUAUACACCAGAUUUUUUUAAACAUGUAACUACUGCAAGGGUAUAUAAGUUUCGGUUUUCUAUAGAUAUUUUAAAAUAAUUAGAAUUUCACUGCUAAAGGGAAUAUCUUUUAUCGUACUUUAAAAUCGUUAGGAACCAUAUUAACUUAAUACAUGAAUGUUAUGUAACGUUUGUUUAUUCUAAAGGACAUUUCAUUUCUGUUGCCAGAGAAAUACCAAGAAAAAUUUAAAGCGGUAUAGGAAUUUGAAGUUUUAGGUUUACAAAUUACUGUAUUUGUUGUUUCUGAGAAAAAAGGGGGAUAAAUAAAUGCAGCCGAAAUCUUUUUAGCAAUAAACAUUAUUUGGUCUUCGACAUUUUUUCGCUAAACUAGCGAUUUUAAACAUGUCCAACGUACAUUUUAAUCAUAAAUUAACGACAAGAGAUGCGAAAAGACACACUAUUAAUUUUGAAACCACCUUUCAACGUAUUAUCGGAAGUUCACUUUAGAGAUUGCUACUCUCCAUGAUAAAGUAGUCAUCGAAUCUUCCCCGAAAACAAACGAAAUAAAACUACGAAUAUAGCAUAAUACUUAAUUUUUUUUAUAUUUUAUAUUUUUUCAUUUCUCAGCGCAUUACAUGAUCUUGGUUUUCAGAAUCGGUUUGAGUCCACUUGUACAUACAUACUAUGUUGUGUAUAUAGAGUUCUAUAAUAUAUAUGUAUAUAAUUCUUUUGAUUACAUUAGUUACAAUCGACGCAAGAUCUUUGCUGUUGUGGCUGUGUAGCCCCUUAGAUUUGGCCAGAACUAAAUCCAAAAUUAAACCACGAUAUAUAAAUAUGUACUUCUCCUGUAUACGUUUGUAUGUGUAUGUGUACGCCUGCUAAUUACCAUAAUUAUGUAUGCUUAAUUCAUUUCUGCCUGCAAUUUAUUAAAGCGGUUUUAAUAUUUAAAAUAUGGUUAUGAUAAUAAGUAUGUGUCUCGUACUAGGUUAACUAAUCUAUGUACAAACGUAAACUCAGCUCACGGCUAAAGGCAAAUGCAUAACUGGGUGUUUCAGCCCGAAAAGGUCCUCCAAAGGGAUUGGAAAGAAAAGGCCGAGGUAAAUUUACUUCAUCUGGAUCAUUGCUUAUCCUACAGACCGUUCA